CUCUUGAACUCCUCCAUCUCUCUCGCGCUCUCUCGUCUCAGUCGGCCUUCGAUUUAGUGGAGGCGAUCGCGCCUUCGACCAUCUUUGGCUUGCUAUUUCGCUUCGGCUCAGCUUCUGGUAUUACAGAGAUAUCUGGGAUCUGCCUCUUGAUUUUGCGUCACCAAAAAUCAGAGGAGAAAAAGUAAGUUCUUCGAUUCUGAAUGGCGCAAGAGAGCUGGAAAAAGGAUACUGAACAAACUGACUGCGAAACCCCUGAAGUCCCCAUUUUAUGUGCAAACAAAUGUGGGUUUUUUGGAACUGCCAUGAACAAUAACCUCUGCUCCAAAUGCUACAAGGAUAUUUCCAUGAAACAUGAGUCGAUGGUUUCUUCCCCUAUAACAGAAGUGGAGAAACCACAGAUUGUUCCAUCUUCUUCUGUGCAGAUCAACCACACUGAAGGUUUGAGUAAAGUGGAUGGGCCAAGUGAGCCCAAGGUUGUCGACGAUCAACUGAAGGGAUUGUUGAAGAAGCAACCGGCUAACCGAUGUGCCCAAUGCCAGAAAAAGAUAGGUUUAAUUGGUUUCAAAUGCCGGUGUGGCGGUGCAUUCUGUUCCUCUCAUAGGUACUCUGAGGCACAUGAAUGCUCUUUCGACUACAAGGCUGCUGGCCGAGUGGUGUUAGCCAAAGAGAAUCCUGUUGUGAUGGCUAAGAAGUUGGAGAAAAUUUGAAGUCAUAGUUGUUCUUGAGUGGGGAUACAAAGGCAUGUUCCGAUGCGAAUUAGAUAGCCAAGUUUUUAUAAAAGUGAAUAUUGAAGUACUUUAUUCUUCGAAUUGAAGAUGCUGGCAUGCUUUUAUGAUGUAAAAAGAAACUUCAUCAAAUGUAUGGGUUUAACCCUGUUUAAGUCUUAUGGGGCAUGAUAGCGUAGAUAGUUUUUAAAAAUAAGUGUGAUUAGAAAGAUCCUAUGUUAUUUAUAUAUAACAUAGGAUUAUGAUUGUAUGUAUUUAACAAGUUUUUG